GUUACGCCUACACACUGAGAUUAGACAUUUUUUUCCAAGUACUUCUGUAGUUUGUGUGUUUAGUUAUUCUGCUUUUUUUUUCAGUAACUAAAGUAGUUUGAUAUAAAAAUUUGCUAAAUAUACGCACUCAUUUAAUUUUAUGUCAUUGUCCACAGGUUUUCUUCUUAUUAAAACUUGACUGACUGCUUUAAGUGCAAAUAUGCGCUAUUGUAGAGAUACCAGAAUAUGAAAAUUUGGAAAUUGAUGAUCCUGUAGAUCUCCUUGUUGCUAAUAUGCUUAUAAAUUUGAAAUUAUGACCACACAUUUAAGCUCAGGCACAAAUUUGAUGAAAUAAGUAGCUCAUAAUUAUGUUUGCAAGAUGCUUAAAUAUAGCUGCAAUACCUGCCUUUUACCGAGAUCUGUACCAUAAAUGCUCGAAUAAUGAUGACCCCAUACACAAAGAUGUUUACCAGACUUUUCUGUCGCUUUGUAACUUAGAUGCCACUCAACUAAAAGUCAUUUGGGAUAUAGCAGGCCCUAAGAAACAAACACAAAAUGUGGUUAACAGGACCAACUUUUACAAGACUUUGGCUUUGGUUGCCUGGGUUCAGCAAGGAAGAGAAAUAUCUGAGAAGCUUUUUGAAAAUUUUACUGGAAAUGAAUAUCCAGCUCCAAAAGUCAAUGACCUAACCCCAGUGUUAAAUAUUAAAAAGAAACUAUUUAUCACAGAAACUCCUUUAAGUAAUAGCAGUUACCAGAAACUUACUCAAACUGAUACAGUUAAAGUUCAGCUGGCUCCAGAGAAGAAAGGCCUUAUCUUAAAACACUCAGAAUAUUUAGUUACUUCCAGGAGAUUUAGCUCAAAAGUGAUGAGAAGAUAUAAUGACUUUGUUGCCUUGCAUGAACUGCUUUUAAACAGAUUUCCUUAUAGGUUAGUACCAAACCUCCCACCUAAGAAAAUCAUCAUAAAUGAUAACCAUCUUGCACAAAGAACUCGAGGACUCCAAAGAUGGCUUACGUUGGUUUGCAGACAUCCUGUAAUAUCUCAUGAUGGCAUAGUUACAUUUUUUUUAACAGAUGAAGGCUCUGAUCAUCAGCAUAGGAUCAGAAAUACUUUUAGAAAAAUUCCUGAUGAGUUUAUGACAUCUGAUGUAGCUGCCAAUGCCAAGGAGCUCUUGCCAGCUGACAACACCCAAACAGUUUCAAACAGAGAAACCCUAAGAUUGUUAGUUAAUGUAGUGGGAAGAUUAAAGCAGAACAUGGAAUCUCUGGUGGAAAAGACUCAGGAGUCAGCAAGGGACUUGGAGGAUAUGGCUACACAGCUUAAAAAUGUCAGCUGUAUGAAUGUGGACUCAGGACAUCAGUUUGUGGAGAAUUGGGCCACUGCUCAAAGAGACUUUGGGAUUAUGUCCAAAGAUCUACGCAACAUCUCGCACACGACCCUAAUCCAAGAAGACACGCAGCAAAAGUCGGUUUGCGAAACCCUUUCAUUACUCUAUGACAUCCUGGUGGCACACAAAGACCUAUGCGAACGUCUGGAGCGUGGUUUAGCGAACGACCAUCAGGUGGCGCUGUCCAAAAUGCUCGCGUUAAAAAAGAAAAAGUUGCAAGGGGCGAUUAGGGGCAUAGAUCCUGAAUCUGUUGAACAGCUCGAAGCCAAAAUGUUGGCUCAGGAAAAUGUUAUUAGCAGCAUGGAUCUGCGGACCGAUUUUAGUUUGUAUUGCGUGCACAUGGAGACCCAGUUGGUGUUCGCCUAUCUGGGGACGAUGCCACAAAUUUUCGCGGGUUUUGUGGAUUUGAAAACUAAGGCACAUUUUGAGCUUUUGGACCUUUGGAGAAACUUGCAGACUCAGUUUUGUGGGCAUGAAGGAGCUAAUAAAAAUGGGUUUGCUGUAUCCAAUUAGAGCACAUCACAGUUUAUCAAGAAUCUCAUAUAUACCAUUUCAUAACUCAAGUUUCCGUUCAUGUUUGUGAGCAUUUAUAGGGCGUUCCAAAAUGAAUAUAUUUUAUGAUAUUAGUGGUAAAAUUUCACAUAUCAGGGAUUAUAAUAGCUGCCAGAUAUGAUAUUUCCGUAUCAGGCAGGGUAUAUUGCAAAUAAAUCAUAUUUUCUAAAGGUUGGUUUUAUAUCAGAAAAUUUUAUAUUUCUUAUAUAAUGACAUUUAUUAAUCGAAUUUAUAUUUAAUAUACAUAUUUUUAAAAUU